UUGUCUGCUUAUCCCACAAACUGGGUCUUGGGUAGGGAGUAUUUGCCCCUCCUUCUACCAGUAGUUGGUCUCAUCUUUGGAAAACCAAAAGCAAGCCAAUGACGAAAGAUGAGGAGCUUCCAGAUACGACUGCCGCGAGUAGGUAUCAAGCUUCCGAACUGAGCAUAACUUUGCCAGGACCGCUGAUUUCUUCGAGUCUUGCUACCUCGUACAAUAGCUUGUGUUGUUUGAAUCCUUCGACUAUCACUCAUCUCCAAAGGAAGAUCCUAUUCGAGCUCCGUUGCACUUAUAAGGCUGGCUACCGGAGACAUACAUCCACACAUACGUACGCACACGCAAUCACCUACACCAGCACUCGCUUAUGAGGCUUCUGGAAAGCCUUACAACAAUUGAUCCGACACGAGUCGAGUAAUACACUACCCUUUACAGAUGCGCACAUCGUCCUGUCGCUAUCUAUCAGCAUUGUAUAUUCCGAUCAUAUAACAACAAACAUUCUAAGACUCGAGGGAAGGGCUAGAAGUGAGAUAGCACCUCCAAAGCUGCUCAAUGUCACAAUGAUAGUCUCUGGUUUCACCUUCCUCCUCCUCACUUUCUCGUUCCACGCUUUAGCAUACGACUCUGGGUUCUGGACACCGUCCCCAACGAUAUCAACAACGGCAUGGUGGACACCGACCACGACGUCAUACUGGUCCACCUGGACUCCAACCACGACAUAUACGACAUGCUAUACACAAUCAGAUGUCAUUGUCACCGUGACAUCCUACCUUCCUUGUCCAGUCACGUCGACGGUGGUAUACUGGGAGUGCUGCGAUCAAUGUGAGACGAAUUGCUACAACACACCUACCCCGACACCGACGCACGGAGGAGGUGGCACGUGGAUCGGUACGACGACAGUGACUUCCUACACGACGAUAACGCCAGGUCUGGAGAUGACGACGACGAGUAACGGGGUAGUGAUUGUGUAUACUUCCGCAGCGGCGGAGAGCACGACCACGGGUCCGAGUAUAGUCUACGUUACGAGCAAUGAUUCCAUGGGUCAAGAAGGAGGUAUGCCUAAUCUUUGGUCAUAUGGAAUGUGGUUGGCUUUUGUGGCGACCGUAAUGAUUCUCUUAUGAAGAAGAUGAUGAAGACAAGACACCAGGGUAAUGAGGAACAGAACAACUACCAAGGCAUGGGCAGGACAGACUUGUCCCUCACAGGUGCAAAUGAUUAUCUAAUGCAUAUAUGUAUGUAAUGCUUAAUGAGAUAUGGGAAUGAUGAGCAC